GACUUGAAUCACAGUUUACUACCUUUUGCUUUUAUAAUCGGUUUUAAAGUCACUACGUGAAGACAAUUCAGAUUAGAACGUUUUGAAAGUGUAUUUGUUAUUCUUUUGAAUUUGCAACUUAAAAUUUGAAACUUAUCACAUCCUGCCUAAUCUUUAUUUUAAUCUUUUUUUUUUGUCACAAUCAAACCCGGGUUACCGUUAUAACCAAACCCGAUAUACGACUGUUACUCAUCCAUCCAGGAAAAGACUAUACCACCCCAUAUGAUGUCUUCGUAUGAUAAUAACAACACCAACCUGUCGAACUUUCACCAUCCUCAUUAUCCUGGCCAACAAGUUGGAGUACCUCACACAAUGAAGGACAAUGCUUACGAGGGACAACCACGUUACUAUACCAGUCCUAUGGUUAUGCAACAACCCCAACAAGGGUACUUGAUGAACAACCCUAAUGCUCAAUACGGCUUAAACCAACAAAUGAUGUACCCACCACCGCCACCAAUUGCUAAUUAUGCUCAACAAGCGCCACAACAACAACCGCAACAAGCGGCAGUUGCACAACAACAAUCACAACAGGGUGUCAACCAAUACUUUGAUCCAAGUAUGCCAAACAAUUACUUGUUGAUUCAACAACAAAAUCAAGGUAACCUUUCCAUGACUCCAAAUCAAGCUAAUGCAACUCCACAACAAGCAAUGGCUCAAAAUUUCUACAACCCAAGUUACUCCCAGUUUCACCAAGGUGCACAUCCUCACAUUCAACCAACUAAUAUAUCGCACAAGAGUGCCAGUGUUGGUAGUAACCAACAGGUUCCAGGUGGUGCCAAUGCCAAUGCAUCUUCUGCAGCUGCUGGUAAUGCUGUUUCUGCUACAUCCAGUGGCAGUGGCAACAAUGCUACUGCUAAUAACAAUGCAGCUUCUAGUGUAAUAUAUCCAGAUUUCCCAGAAAGACUUCAGCCAUUGUUACCUAUUCCUCCGUUAUCCCGUGCUCCAACCCGCCCUGAUUUGAAUAUGAACCUUUCUCAAAAGAGAGCCAAAAGGAAAUCCAAAUUUACUAAACAACAAGAUGAAAUGAUUGUUUCCUUGAAAAAGAAGGGUAAGUCUUGGGUUGAAAUCGCUGAAAUUACCAAUGUUGGUUCAUACUUGGCUGCUAGAAAUAGAUAUCAAGUUAUUGUUGGCCAACAAGGUAAUAACAACUCCAGUUCUUGGGAUUUAAGAGAUAAGGUCCAUUUACAAGAAAUUUUGGAUGCUGGAGAAUUAGAAAAAUGGAGAUUUAUCAGUAAUGAAUUAAAUAAGUCCUCUAAUAAGAAUUUCACUGAUUUGGAAUGUCGUGAAAUGAUUCGUGAGUUAUUUUGGAGUAACCCUGCAUCAUUUGGUGUCAAUGAAGAGACUAUCAAUGAAUGUUUAAAGGAAAAGAAAUUAACAGAUAAAUCGAUUGAACAACGUGAUCAACAAUUGAAGAAGCGUGCCGAUAUAGUCGAAGGUAAGUUUGUUGACCCCAAGAAGGAACCUGCUGCUAGUGCCAACAAUGCCGGUGUUGACAAGAAAGACCACUAUUACCCUCCACCUUUACCACACCCAUAUCAAAGACAAUAUCAACAGCAACAGGUGCAACAACCACCACCUCAACAACAACCACAACAACAAGUUAAUCAAUUUUCAUAUGGCAAACCUUUCUAUUAAGGAUUGAAUCUUUUUAUUUUUUUUUGCUUUUGAUUCAAUUAUUCACAAUUGCUCAUAUUUUCAAUUCUCGAAACGUUUUAGCUUAUAUUAUCAUUCAAUUCUAUUAUAUAUUGUAUAAAAGGGUAUCAAUAAUUAUCAACCACUUUCGAAUUAUGUAAGCUCCUUGACCAAUCAGAGAGUCUGCUUGACGAUCCUACAAGGCCAAUCCCAUUUCAUAUUCCAUAUGCUUUUUAUUAUACGCUAUAUGUUUCUACUAUACACACCCACUACAAAUUCUUCAACUUUUGCUGGACAACAUCAAUUUUGUCCUGAGGACAUUGCUUCUUAUCAGUUCUGGUACCAACUCUAAUAUCACUUUGAAUUCUCACAACACCAUGCUUAUCAUGCAAAUGCUGGUGGAAUUGUCCAAUCAAGUCCAUUACUUCAUUCCAUGGACCUUCAAUCGUGGUUCCUGCUGAAUGUAAUGUUGUUUCAAGAGGAGAAUCUUGAGCAAGUUUGGUGAUUGCAGUGACUUCAUCGGAAACUGAUGCAGAGCCUGUUCCAAUUGGAAUUAGGCAAACGUCGGCUAAACAAUGGAUUGUUACGGGCAUGUUGUGUCGUCUAU